AUGUGUGGAAAUCAUCAGGGAGCUCAAGCUCUUGCCUACAAAUUGGUGAGGUUUGGGAUACCGAAGGUGCUCAUAACAAAUAAUGGAAGGCAGUUUGACAAUUCACAAUUUAGAAGUUUUUGUACUAAGCUCAAGAUUGAUCAUCGCCUAACCUCGAUUUCACACCCUCAGAGCAAUGGCCUCACCAUAUUAACUAAUCAAAUCAUAUUGCAAAAUAUUCGAACAUGGAUUAAGGAUGCUAAAGAAACUGGUGAGAUUCUUUUCAUGUUAACCUUUGUCUUGAAGGCUACAAUUCCAAUUGAAGUCAACCUUCUUACAUUCACGAGACUCAAGCCAACCUCGGAAGAGCGAAUGAUCGAACAUUUUGACCUACUUGAAGAAGAGGGUUGGCAUGCCUAUAGGCAGUUUGCUUUCACUUUUCGGGUUUGCAUGCCCUCAGAGUUUUUGUUUUCAACAGCUCGUGCCUAA